UAUUGAAUUUGGAGCAAAAACAAUUCAUGAAUCACAUUUGCGCAUGACCAUUUUCAAAAAUCGCUCCACGUUUUUCUCCGUGUUGUUUCCCGCUUCAUGUCGCACGUGAGCUGCAGCGCUCUUAGCAACCGUAGUUGUUUGUUUAAAAUGUUACAUCGAUCGUUUCACACGUUUUCAUAAUGGUUCGAAUCACCGAGCAGCUAAUACGGAAGCGUUCCGAGCAUAAUGAGCUCAUCAUCAGCACCUUGGAGGAGCUGUCGCUGCACCAGGAAGACAUCGAACAAAUCGAACACAUCGGCAACUGGUGCCGGGACCUGAAAAUCCUGCUUUUGCAGUCGAAUCUCAUUUCCAAAAUCGAAAACCUUCAAAAACUGAAAAAGCUUCAAUAUCUAAACUUGGCCCUGAACAACAUCGAACGGGUGGAAAACCUGGAACGACUAGAAUCGUUGAACAAACUGGAUUUGACGCUUAAUUUCAUUGGCGAAUUGACUUCCAUCGAGAGCUUACGGGACAAUUAUCACUUGAAGGAUUUGUAUUUGACGGGGAAUCCAUGCACUGACUAUCCGGGCUACAGAGAUUAUGUGAUGUGCGCUCUACCGCAGCUUGAGACUUUGGACGGGGUGGAAGUAACCCGCACGGAUCGUUUGAAAGCAAUGAAAGAUUUCAAAUUCAACCGAGAUCGUAUCAUACAGUUAGAGCUGGCCCAUCGGAUCGAACGAGAUGAGCAGAAAAUCCGAGUAGCCGAAUCACUUCGAGAGCAGGAAGAACGGGUCAAAGACUUAGAUGAAGAAGAGCAGUCCGCUCAGUUCUGGCAGCAGAAGAGUGAGCACUGUCCGGAAACCAGAAUACAGAUGGCCAAAUAUUCCUCGAAGGCACGAGAGAAGCAACCAACCUCAACUGAUUCGGAGACAGUGAAGAGGCGGAAACCGAUAUUGUUCGCUGAAUGCGGACGGCCCUACAGUUUGAACGAGCCAAAAAUAAAGUUCGACUUCGUUGACGAAGAUGACCGUUACGAGCUUAAUUUGCACGUUUACAAAUAUUUAGACACUUCAUACAUUGAAGUAGAUGCUCAACCAAAUUACAUCAGAGCAACAAUCAAAGGCCGCAUAUUUCAAUUGGCGCUAAAGGAUGAAAUCAAGACGGACACAUCGACCUGCAAGCGGUCCACUACGACGGGCCACAUGCUAAUAGUAAUGCCUAAACUGAAUCCACAUAACAUUGAUUUCAAUCUCGCUAGAAAAUCAGCUUGUUUGGAUAAACUAUCGAAUGCGCCAAAAGGAAAAUCACAGCACAAAUUGAAGGGAAUCGUGGAUUACAAAAACAUAGUAAAACACGGUAACAAUGCGGAAGUCGACGAAGACGAAAUACCGCCCUUAAUUUGA